UAUCGAAUGGUUGUAGUUUGAAUCUAGAGGAUUACUCACAUUCCCGUAGAUAAUUUUAACUCAGAGGAAGUGUUAAUCAUCAAUAGGAUGUGAUUUUAUACUAUUUUAAUCGUUGGAUAUGUUAUGUGUGUGUAUUGAUUGGAUAUCUAUAUUGUAACGGAGCUGUUGUCUCUUUAACAACGAGCACCUUGCACUCAGUUUGUGUAGUCGCGAGGGGACGUUCGAAAUGAAAGUCAUGAUUUUGAAGUGAACAGAGACCACUGUUAGAAUGUCCCAAUUUACUGGUUGUUAGAGAAAAUGAAUUUGUUUUGUUCUCUGUGAAAAUGUGAUAGUGUUGUGACAACAAUGAUGCGCAAUAAACAACAACCCCCUCCCCCUCCGAAACCUCGGAAAGACCACCGACACUGGAGUCAACAAAUACAAGAAUCGGUCGUAUCUUCAACACACGAAGAUAGUCUAAACAUUAUUGUCAAAGGAGGGGCAGAUAGCGGCCUCUUUUGUUUUGUUGGCGAUGUUAAUCAUGACCACAUUUCAUACCAUGGUCAGAAACUUUACACCGAGGAUACGAUUCUUGAAAUACAGGGCCAGAAGAUAUCGGGAUAUACAUUACGGGACGCUACACUGUGGUUGAAACAAGUCAGUCAAAAUGGGGCUCCAGUGAUGAUAAAGACACUCAGGCCAGGUUUACUGCCAAGAGAGUUACGCCAGUUUUUAACAGCGAGAUUUCAGAAAGGUUCUGUGGAUCAUGAUCUACAACAGACUAUUAGAGAUAAUCUUUAUAUGAGAACAGUGCCUUGUACAACACGACCACCUAGACCAGGUGAAUCAAAUGGUGUUGAUUAUACGUUUCUAUCUCUAGAAGAAUUUUAUGAACUUGAAAAAACAGGAGAUUUAUUAGAGAGUGGAAUAUUUGAUGGUAACCAUUACGGAACACCAAGACCACCAAAAGAACCUCAGCCGAAUGCUUUAAUGCGUCGUCCUACACCAGGUGGUAACAUGGCUGGGUCACCAGGCGAUACAAAGAGAAAAAGAAACAACAGUAGUUCUGAAGCUGUCCAAUCAAAUGACUACUCUGAUGAAUUACCUCUUCCCCCUCUAACACGGAAAAAAUCAUUAGAACGAGCUCAUAGUUCUUCAAAUCUGGGACCUUUACCAUCAAACUGGGAGAUGGCAUUCACAGAUGAAGGACAGCCAUAUUUUAUAGAUCAUGAUACUGAAACAACUCACUGGUUAGAUCCAAGAUUAGCUAAAGUUAAAAAAGACUCAGAUUCUGGUGAAGAUCUGCCAUAUGGCUGGGAGAAAGUCGAAGAUCCACAUUUUGGUACCUAUUUUAUCGAUCAUGUUCAUCGGAAAACUCAAUAUGAAAAUCCUGUGAUAUCUGGUAAACACAAUAGUUCUUCAGGUCAAGAUUCACCAGGUGGUGAAUUGAAUGGAAAUAGUACAUUACCUCGACAAAGUAAGGGUAACGAGGGAACAAAAAGGUCUGUCAGCGAUUCUGAUAUGAACAACAAAAUGAAACCAGGUCUGGAGGGAAGACGACCCCGGUUUACUAAAAAUGUUGCUGAAUUAAAAGGCGAUUUACUCCAGACAUCUUUAGUGAAAAGUAUUCGAGGUUUUGGUUUUACGAUUAUUGGAGCUGACGAGGAGGAUGAAGAGUUUUUACAGGUGAAAAAUAUUGUUCCUAAUGGCCCAGCUUACCUUGAUGGUAAACUCCGAACAGGUGAUGUCUUGGUUUAUAUAAACAAUAGCUGUGUUCUAGGCUAUACACAUCAAAAUGUUGUUAGUGUCUUUCAAAGCAUUCCCCCUGGUGAAACAGUGACUUUGGAUGUGUGUCGUGGAUACGCCUUACCCUCAAACUUAGACGAUCCCAAUACUGAGAUCGUUAGAAAACUUGCUGUAAAUGCACCGGAACAUGGACAUUAUAAUCAUCCCCCUCCGUAUGGUGUUAACGGACUCGAUCCAUUAAAUACAUCACAACGAAGUUUAAAAUCGCUACCAGAUUUAGCGAAAUCUCAUAAUGCAAACCCAGACAUUAGUUUUUCACAACAAAGCAUACAAGGUGACUUAAUUAAUAAUGAGGAGCCACCAGAUUUAAUCAGCAACAAAAUAGAAAUGUUAACUGUGAACAUAGUGCGCGGACAAAGUGGAUUUGGAUUUACGAUAGCAGAUAGUCCAUAUGGGCAGCGUGUGAAACAGAUCUUAGACCGACCUCGAUGUAAAAACUUAUUAGAAGGCGAUAUAUUACAUCAUAUUAAUGAAAUCAAUGUCCGUGAUAUGACACAUGCUGAGAUUGUAGGGGUGUUAAAGGAAUGUCCUGUAGGCUCGGAUACUAAAAUAGUUAUACAGAGGGGAGGCGUGCCAUUUCAUAUAAAAGGCAGAAAACCAGUGAAACCAUCUCGUAGUUUUGAUGAAAAACCAAGAGAUGGAAUAAUACAACCAGGUGCAUAUUUCUUUAACGAGGCCAAUAGUCAUAACCAUGCAGAAAAAUCUGAUGAAAGUUUUGCCAGUAGUAAUCCACCAUUAUCACAAGGAGAAAAUGAUCGAUUAAAUGAACUCUCUACAGUACAAGAAAGUCCUGAUGAAGUGGACAGUGGAAUGAGGGGUAAAAUUCCCAAUGAUGUGAAUCGACCAAAGACGCCGAUAUUAAACGAUAGUCGUCCUAAAACACCGACGAUGAAUGACAAUCGUCCCAAAACACCCACAAGAUUUCAAGGAUCGUUGGUUGAUAAUCGAACAAAACCUCCAGUCGCUAGUCGACCUGUGUUUAGUGAUGUGCAAAAUCGUUACAAUGGUGAUAAUGUACAUGACAAUAGUAAUCAUCAUGAAUUUAAUCAUUCCCGAUCGGAUUUUCAUAAUUCUGGGAACUACGAUUCCAAUUCACGACCCCCGCCCGGUCCCCGGGUCGAUCAAUUUCGUCACAUUGAUUAUGGAUCUCAUCCAAUUCCUCAUCAAAACUUUCGCAAUGAUCCAUAUGGUUAUGCAAGAUCUAAUAAUUAUGCUAUGCAAAAUGAUGGAGAUAGGCGUGAACUAGAGAGAGAAAAUAUCAAACCAGGACAGUUCCGAAGUCGGACACCAGGUCCGGACAUGUUAAAUCGUGGGUAUGGUCCGGAUUAUAGACCAGAACACAGUCGUCCAAAAACACCAACAGCCAAUGAUAUGAGGAGUAAAACACCAACACCAGGUAUGUCCUCCAAUCAUUCAGGAUUUAAACCGAGUGGACGAUUUACGCCUAAUCCUGCGUGGGAAUAUGGUCAACAAUAUCGUCAUGAUUACAAUCGUCCCAUUAGACCAGGUGAUUCUCCGAACAUUGGACGUAGAUUUAAUCAUGAUCAUACAGAUUCUCAUGAACGUAGCUAUGGCAAUGAUUUUACAAGAAGUUUCCAAGCUGUAGGUAAUAAUUCACCAUUACCGAGUCGUCAGAAACAUAGUACAUCAUUUGAAGGCGAGGAAAUUUCGAGAGUGCCAAAACGUUAUGGAACCUUACAUUCAGGUAACCAAUAUGGUGUCUCUCCGUAUGGACCACUGACUCGUAUUCCAGAUCAAGAAGAUGGACAGCAGUAUCGAGAAAUGACUGUUCAUCUACCCAGACAUGAAAGUGGUUUUGGUUUUAGAAUUAUUGGAGGAACCGAAGAAGGAUCUCAGGUUUCUGUGGGUUUCAUCGUACCAGGUGGGGCUUCAGAUCAAGAAGGACAACUCCGUCAGGGAGAUGAAAUCAUGUUUGUUGAUCAGAAUUGUGUCAUCAAUUCAACUCAUCGUCGUGUUGUACAAUUGAUGGGACAUGCAUCAUUAAAUGGUCAUGUGACAAUAACUGCAAGACGGAGAUUAACAUCUGCACCAGAUGUAACAAGCCAUACCACUGGUGGUCAGACAUAUCCCUAUGAUGUCACGGUUACACGGAGAGAAAACGAAGGAUUUGGGUUUGUUAUUAUUUCCUCGGUAACGAAAUCUGGGAGUACCAUAGGUGAGUUCAUUGAUGAUGAUUUUGAAUUACCUUGGAUCGGGCGUAUAUUAGAAAACAGUCCUGCAGAAAGAUGUAAUAGAUUACAUGUUGGUGAUAGAAUAUUAGCUGUAAAUGGUGUGAAUAUAUCUCAAAUACAUCAUGAAGACAUCGUUAAUUUAAUUAAAGAAUCUGGUUAUUCUGUUACUUUAACAAUAGGACCUCCUCCAGAUGAUGCAUCAAGCACUGCCAGUGCCUCUCAAAAGAGUUCUCAAGGGUCUAUGGUGAAUGCCAUGGCCUAUCCUGCCGUCUCAGAAACUGAUGUAGGUCGUAGACCAGAAGCUCCAAAUACACAUCAAACAUGGGACAAUAGAUAUAAAACUGCUCAGGAAGCUAACAGGGCUAGAUUUAACAAUACUCCUUUGGGUAUGAAGGCGGCUAUAUAUCAUGUUGAGUUAGAUCGUGGUUCAAGAGGAUUUGGUUUCUCCAUACGAGGUGGUCGCGAAUUUAACAACAUGCCAUUAUUUGUUUUACGGAUAGCUGAAGGUGGAGCUGCUGAUGUUGAUGGACGAUUGAGGGUCGGUGAUCAGAUCCUUGAGAUUAAUCAAAUAGAAACCAGCAAUAUGACUCACUCAGAAGCUAUAGAUAUUAUUCAAAAUGGUGGAACAAUUGUACGAUUAAAAAUGAAAAGAACAAAUAAACCCCCACCAGUAUUUGAGGGAGCCCCAUCUCCAACAGGACCCUAUCCUAGAGGUGCUAUAUCUAAUGGUCCAAUAGGUCAUAGUUCACCUCAUUUAGGUCGAAGACAAUUAGAAGAAUAUCCAACAUAUCCUAGUGGUAGAGCCUUUGUUAACUAUUAAACAUCGCAAAACAACAUAUCCAUAGACCCAUGCCUUCUGAUAUUUAAAUGACAUCUGAGUGGACAGGAAAGAAAGUGAUAUUCAUUUGUCAUAUGACUCGAUAAACCCCUCUUGGAGUUUUUAACAGCAGUUAUGAACAGCCAUUUAACAUACUCAUAUCCUUGUGACAGGGAUUACAUUAGUCAGGAUUUACAUCCCUGGUUUCAAGGGUUGGAUUUACAGUGAGGGUUGGAUUUAAGUCAGCUUUUGAAAUUAAGAGAACAGUUUAUUUAUGUGAGCUUUUAACUUGAAAGAAUCUGUUGAGUGUUGGUGCUAAUCUAAAAAAUAUACAAUAAAUAAGUCAAGGAAUAAUUUGAUGCUAUCGAUGUUUAAAAGUGUAAUUUAACCAACAAUUUAAAGAAAAAAAAAUUGUUUUGUGUAAUGAUUUAAACUUGUCUCAGAGGAAGACAUUUUAUUCAGUAUUUGAGAUAUAUUCACAUGUUAUAUAACAAUCAGAAUGACCUCUCCAUAUUUUCAUAGAUCAUUUCUAGAAUCACUCAUAGCUGUAUAUGAAAUAUUUUUAGUGAUUACGUGUUGGUCAUCAAAAAUAGAUGUAUUUUGUACAAAAACAAUCAUAAAGUGUGACAAAAAACCAAUCUGGAAUAUUUGAGUUAGAAGAAUAUUGAAUGAUAAUUUGGAUUGUAAUGUAGUGACUUCUUGUAUUAAUAAAAUCAACAAAAUCCAAUGUUUAUGGAAAAGUUCUUAACCGUGGAUUCUCAACAGUUUUUGUAAAGAAAUUAGAGGAUCUUGUUUUUAAAUUGGAAUCGACAUUGACCAGUAGUUUUUAUUUUUUUAAUUAUCUUCAUCAUUGUAAAUGCUCAUCCAUCAUCCUUUCAUGUAAGAUAGUAUCACAGAAACAGAUUUUAAACAGUAAUAGUGCUGAGUUUACUAUAUUGAUAGAUGUUUUAGUAGUUUAGUAUGAUAAUAUUGUGUAUAUUAAAACCCAGUUUAAGCAUAAAAUCAUUUAAUCUUAAUGUUUAUAGUAAUGUAUAAUUUCAAACUGUGUUUUUAUAUAGUCAUAUAGUCUAUGCACUCGGAUUGGAUACAAUUUUAAAGUUUUUGUAAUAUGCUCUCUGUAGUUUAUCUUUUGUAGUAGAGCUUUGUUCUGUUGCCUUAAAAUAUUGUGAUUUUAUGAAACAUGGGUGAUUUUAUACUUAAAAAUAUUAUUGCAUGUUUUUAAAAAAAAAAAACAAUUUAUGGUUUGGCAUACAGUAGUCCUUCGGGCAAGAAGUAAAUGCUUUGUAUUAAAAUAUUUUAGUACAUUGAUAACAGUUCAACCCUGUUUCUAACUGGUAUAUUUUUAUAUCUAAUUUAUACACAGUUGUCAUAUUCCCCUCCACAUCUGUGUCUUUAUAAAGGACUUUUGUGUUUUAAAAUGUACAAUCAUUUAUACCAAUAAUACUUUUCUAAAAAAUGUUUGGGGUAAAGUAAUGAACAAAAUUGAGCACAGUGAAAAAAAAAAUUACAUUUUGUCAUCCAAUUAAGAGGCCAUCACACCUUCAAACUUCAUUUUUUGUAUUGGAUUUCUUGGAGUCUUUAACAUUAUACAUGUGAGAAACAGGGUCCUAGUGUAACAUUGUGAUAGGUAGGGUGAAGAAGUUUUAGAAUUUUCAAAUUUGUUACUUUUAUUAGAGCCAAUAACUAUACAUAAUUUUUGUACAAUGCAUUUUGUAAUAUUUCAUGUUAGAUUAUAUUUGCCAACAUUUUCAUAAAGUCAAAAUAAGUGUAUUUAGAGAAACUGUAUAUAAACUCCAGUUAAAUGUAUAUUAGUGUAAAUAGAUAUUAUUAUAUAGAUAACUUCAACAAUAUAUUAUUAGGUCCUAUAUAUGCAGUUAUAUACAGUGUGUAUAUGUUUAUUCUAAAAUACAUAUCUCUUGUCCAUAUAUUAUAUAAGGAUCAAAAGUCUUUUUGUGAAUCCAUUAAUGAUGGAUUGUAUCUAGAUUUUUCCAAUAAAUGGAGAAUAUCUCUUAUAAUACAUUCAGUUAGUUUAAACAGGCAGUCUGAGUAGAAUAGUACACCAAUUUAUGCUACAGCAUGCAAAGUCUUCAAAUUUUAUUCAUGGUGAAGAGCUGUUAACUAUAAAAAUAGUGAUUCAUUUAUAAAGUGGAGAUUUGUCAUGCUUCUCUGUGUCAAAUUUUAGCCAAGGUGCCAAAUCGAAACUAAUCGGAUUGUUAUAAUCCCCCUCAAAAUUUUGUUAGAAUAUUGAAAUGGAAAAUUUGUUGGUUGAGCUGUGUAUAUGACAGCAAAUAAUACAAAUUUUAAUUUCAUUUUCAUGUAGGUCAUUUUUGAAACACUUUAUCCGUUCAGCCAAAAGCUGUUAGAACAAGAAGAGAUUAUCUAUUUAUUGGAAAAAUAUUGUACAAAAUAAUAGGUUGUAGACAUACAUGUAUUCGUUGUGACCAUUUAAAUAGGUUGAAUUUAGAAACCAUUUAAUUUAGUCUUCAGUUAGGUUGUUAAUGUUACAUCUUUUUCUUUAAUAUUUAAGGUUAUUUUUUAACAUUUUUGAAAAUCAAAAUAUUUAUAAAUUGCAUUGCAUCUAUAGAACUCUAUUAUAAUAAUAUAUAUCUGAGAAUUAUAAUACAGAAAUUUCAUAUACAUAUUUAACUUAGUCAUAUAUUUUUCUUUUUCAUUUAAAAAUCAAUGUAAUAUAUGUUUAUUGUAUGAUUUAUAUAUUUACAUGGCAUGUCUACUUUAAAAUAUCUCAUUAUAAUUUUCCUUUUUGUUUUAAAUUCUCUUCCAAAAUGUUGUAUGAGCCAGUAAUAUUAAUAUGAUGCACUAAUUGAAAUUUAUUUAAUGCAGAAUACAUACUUACACUCGGGCGUCACUAUAGUGUUUACUUUAGUGUUUACUUUAAGAUGGGGGCUUCAAACAGCAAUAUAGCCAAACCUCACUGUAACACAAUUGUAAAUCCAAGCCCUUGUGUAAAUAUGACUUAUAUUAAGAACUGAGAACAGAAUCUAAAUGUAGCAUUGUCCAUAAUACAAAUUCAUUUAUAUGAAACUCUAUUAUUAUUAUUAUAGCUUCAUACAGGUAAUAUCAUGUAUAAUUGCACAACAAUUAUAUAAUUUUAGACUUCACUUUGCAUACCAUAAAGCUACAUGAUUUAUUUGCUCAAAACAUUUAUAGUUUUUUAUUUAGAAAAUAUUAUUCUAUUUAAAUUAUCAUUUGAGUUUUCGGCUACAGUCAUGUGUAGUUAUCUUUAUUAAAGUACAUUAUUUAUGUUGGUGGCUCAUAUCAAUCACUGCAAGGUUAGCUCAGUAUUUGGUACCAAGGGGGAUAACUCCAAUUGGGGAACUUUUUCUGUGGUAGUUUUUAUUUCCAAUAUGCUAAAAGUAUGAAUUUUCACAUCCUGAAAUAAGAAUAAACUUCAAAAUGUAUGUAAUGGUAAUUAUGUAGUUAGGGAACCAAAUUUAUAAAAGCAUUGUAGUGAAAGUUUUAACUUAAUCCUGGUCUUUUAGGGCACCCUGUUCACUGCUUUAGAUAUUGAUUUUAACACCAGGGAUUGAAUCAUUAUUUCUAGUCUAUUUUUAACCUGAUGUCAAACUGUUAAUAUAUAAUAGUGUAUUUAAAAAUAAUAAGAGAAAAUCUUUCUUUUUUCGUUUUUGCUGUUCUGAAAGGGCUGUGCUUAAUAAUAGAUCAAAAGAUUUGUUAAUUAUCAUGAUGAAAUUUUUUAAAAUAGAAUUGAUAAACGUGAACUGUGGAUUCAAAUUAGGAGUUCCCAGACUAUAGCUAGACAGGAAAAUAUUGCAUAUAUGCAUUUCACUAUUUCUCUUUGUUUUAUAAAGAGCACAUUAUUUGUUACAAGAUAAAAGUUGAUAUUAGCUAAUUGAUGAUUUCCAUAGUUAGAAAUUAUAAGUGUAGCCUACUAUGUGACUACUUAUACCAAUUUUAGGAUUAAUUCAAUUUACUGGUAAGCCUUAUUCUUAAUGAGUAUUGAAAUAAUUUCAUAUAGGUCUCUUUGUCUUCCUGUAUUUUCAACUUCUCAGACAAUGAUGCAUUUAUUAACUUAUCUAGAUAUAAGUUACUGGUAGUUUGGAAUGUCUAAGUGUUGGUGCCUUUAUAUACCAAAUAAUAUUGUUUAGAAAAAUACCUCUUAUUAAAAAUUAUGGACAUUUGUAUGAAUUAAAAAUAGGCAAGCCGCAUUCAGGUCAAUACUUUGCUAGCCAGUCAAUGUUUUGAAUAUUUGUUUGCUUGGGAUCAGACUAUCAGAGAGAACUUUGUUUUACCUAGGUAAUAUAAUGCAAUGCAAGUCUAACUGUAUUUAUUGUUUUAUACAAUCCAGUUCCGAAAAAUACCUAAUUUUAUGGCAUGUAAAGACUAGCAAAUAUAAAUGAAUGGAGAGCCCUGGGUAGCUACUUACCAUAUCAUUCUUGUUUUCAACAAUUUGUGUUAACAUGUAUGAUAAUGUAGACUUAAAUAGAUCAGUGUAAAGUCUUUAUCAUAAACAUAUACAUUAAUCAUUGGCCAAUAAAUAUUUUUAACAGCACACCUACACCUGAUUUAAAUAAUAUAAAAAUGCCAGAGAAGUUCAUUAGCUUUGUGAAAUGAAAAGUGGUAUCUUGUGUUCUACCCCAGCAUCAUUGAUGAAAUUACCGGUAGUCAUCUUAUUAGCUAUGGCGCUAGCACUGAUUUUCAAAUGUGUUUUUAAACAUGGAAUAAAAGGUUUUUUUAUAAAACCUUGUGAAUUUGCCGCCUAAGAAUUUUGAUUUCUGAAAUUGCUAUCUUCAUACAGUUAUUUCUACUGGUAGCCAUCAUAUACUAAUAAAAAAAACCCAAUCUGUUUUAGCGAAUAAAUAAAGUUUGUUUACAUCUAUGAUAUAUUGACUUUUACACUAGAUUCCUGAAUAUUAACCAACCCAAAUAGAGAUUAAAUAUUCUUGAUUAUUGCUGAGAUACUCUCUAAUUGCAUGUAGUUCAUGUUCUAGGAAUAUGGGGGUAAAUGUAACAGGGUUUCUAACAUCUAAAUGUAAGUUGAUUAUUUUAUGUCUUUAAAAAUAAGUCUUACAUUUAUUAUUGUCAUAUUUUGUUUGUUCUGUUAUAAACUAGCUCAUACUGUAAAUGUUACUAAAUAAGAUGCAAGUUUUGUACACUAUAUAUAUAUAUAAAUAAUUUACCCAAACUGCA